UACAAAAUGGCGACAUCCUAGAAUUUCCAUAUAUUAGAAUGUAACUGUUAACAUCAAGAACUACGCAAAUACCAUAUGUUUAUCAAUUAACAUUUACAAAAAAGAUCAAGAAUACAUUUAUAAAGAGGAUCAAGAAUGGCAAAGAGAAAGAAAAAUGUUGCAGAUAAAACUAGAAACAAGAAAAAAGAGUCGCAGAAAAAAAUCAAUCCGUUUGAGGUCAAAAUCAACAGACAAAAACAAAAAAUCAUGGGACGUAAAAUUUCUAAGCAUGAUCGGGGCAUGCCUGGACUGUCACGGUCCAAGGGAAUUCAAAAGAGAAAAGCCACGUUGCUCCAGGAGUAUAAUCAGAGGUUUAAAAACAACAAGUUUAUAGACAAGAGAUUUGGAGAGAAUGACACCUCACUCAGUUUAGAGGAGAAAAUGAUGAAGAGAUUUGCCAUGGAGAGAGCAAGAGAGAAGACAAACAAGUUCAGUCUUAAUGAUGAUGAGGAUGAUCUAACACAUUAUGGUCAGUCUCUGUCCUCCAUUGAGAAGUUUGAGGAGCCAGAGGCCAGUGAGGAUGAGGAGGACAGUGGGAGGAUUGAUGCUAAUAUGGUGGCUACAGAACAUUUUGGAGGAUUUUUGUCCAACAGUAACUAUCAGGAUUUGGGAGGUCAGAAGCAGAAAAGCUGGAAGGAAAGAAUGGAGGAAGUCAUUGCCAAAUCUAAAAAGGAGAAGUUUGAGCGCCAGGCUGAAAAAGAGAAGACAAAGGAAUUAACAGAGAAGUUAGAUGCAGAAUGGAAAGAUGUGAUGAAGUUGAUGUCUUCAAAUAAGAGAGGCCAAGAAGAGCAAUUCCAAAAAGCAGAUGAUUUUGAUAUUGCUGUGCGGGAACUAAAAUUUGAAAUGAAGGGCAAGGCCACUGAUAAACUGAAAUCCGAGGAAGAGCUUGCACAGGAAGAGAAGAAAAGACUUGAUAAAUUAGAGGCUGAUAGGUUACGGAGAAUGAAAGGAAUUUCAAUUGAGGAGGAAGAAGAGAAGAAGAAAGUUCACUUUUCUGCUGAUGAUCUCGAUGAUAAUUUCUCUUUAGAUGCCCAGCCACGUUUCCAUGCAGUGUACAAGGAUGGAAAAAUGUUAAAGGAUGAAGAAGAUGAUGAUGAUGAGAAAGACUCAGAAAUAAAUGAUGAUGAUAAAGGUGAAGACAGUGGGGAAGAUGACAGUGAUGAUCUUGGCAAUGUGGAGGAGGAUUACAGUGAUGAUGUUGGCAAUGUGGAGGAAGAUGAGGAUGGAGGAAGUGAGGAAGAUGAAAAAGACACAGAAGGUGAAAAAGAAGAUGAAGAAAAAGAUGAUGUCGCAGAAGAAUCAGAUGAUGAGUCUGAUGAUGACAGUUACAAGGAUAUCGAGUCAGGGGAAGAUGAUUCUGACAAAGAAACCUCAACAGAGAGUAAAACGAAAAAAUCCCCCCUGAACCUUACAGAAAUAAAGAAAAUAAUGGAUGAUGCACGAAAAGAGCUGCCUUAUACAUUUCAAGCACCCAAGGAUUAUGAUGAAUUAUUGAGUCUGUUACAAGAUCACAGCGAGAAGGAUCAGCUGACUAUAGUGACGAGGAUGAGGAAAUGUCAUCACGUUAGUCUGGCCGAGGAUAACAGACAGAAGCUAGAGACCCUGUUUUCUUGCCUAGUUCAGUAUUUUGCAGACCUUGCUGUUCAGCAGCCCCCACAGCUUCGGCUGAUGGACAGUCUUGUCCCUCACCUGUACGAGCUAUCCCAGGGUUCCCCAUUGGCUGCAGCUCAGGUGCUGGUUGACCAGAUAGCAGAGAGACAGGAAGAAUUCCAGGCCAUCUGUGAAAGGAAAGGAGGAAGGGGGCUCUACCCUGCCCUGGAUACUCUGAUGCUCCUCAAACUAGUGGCCAUUCUGUUUCCGACCUCCGAUUUCCGCCAUGCUGUCACCACCCCAGCUAUCAUCUUUAUCACCCAAAUACUGGCAGAGACUUCUGUGAAACAUGAGAGAGAUGUCGCAGUGGGUCUGUUCCUCUGUAGCCUGGCACUUGAGUAUGUAUCCUUAUCAAAAAGAUAUGUGCCAGAAUGUAUAAACUUCUUACAUGGAAUGCUGUUCUUGGCAUCAAACAAAGAUCCCAACAAAUAUGCCUCAGUCAUUCCACCAUUUAGACCUGUGGGAAAAUAUAAUGAUCUACUAUUGGUAACUAAGAAAGCCAAAAAAACAGAAAUCAAGAUGUUAAAGAUGACAAAAGUUCUCACCAUGGAAAUGGAGGAAGAGGAGUUAAGAAAUGAUGAAUUCAGGUUAUCUGUGAUAAAGGGCUGUGUGGCUUUGUUGUCAGAGUUUAGUUCUCUGUAUCAGGAGCUUCCAGCCUAUAAAGAAAUCUUCAUCCCAGUCCUAGACAUGCUGGAAAAAUUACCAGUGAACAACUACCCCUCGACACUACAGGUUUCAGUACAAGACCUACAGAAAGCUGUAAAGGAAAUAACUUCUAAACCUCGAAUGCAAGUCAGCAUGCCACAGAGAAAACCCAAACCAUUAAAAAUGUUUGAACCAAAGAUAGAGGAAGUGUUUGAAGACAAGAAGAAAAAGAAGGCAGCUUCUAAGGAGGAGAACGAGAUGGAGAAAAUGAAACACAAAUACAGGAAGGAGCUAAAGGGAGCCAUGCGGGAGAUUCGUAAAGACACACAGUUCUUGGCUCGACAGCAGCUAAAUGAACAGAUGGAAAAAGACUCUGAGAGAAAAAGAAAGGUCAAAGAGAUUUACCACAUGCUGUCUUCACAGGAGGGGGAUUUUAAAGCCUCCAAAAGGACUAAAAAGAAUAACAAUCCAUUCUAAUGAAUGCUCUAAUCCUAAUGCAAUGAAAAAUGCAAGUUGGUUAUAAUGAAGACUAGCUGCACCUGUCUUCUGAUGCUGAAGAUGGUACACACACUCUAUAUUCUGUAAAAAGUGAGCUAGAAUGUUUGAAGUAUGAGACCAUAUACACUUACCGAGGAGGAAAAAGAUAUACAUGUAUGCACAUUUUAUGUUUACAUUGUUCUUUUUCCCAUGGAAGUGUAGAAUACAAAUUUAAAAAUGACUGCGAAGAAGUAUAAUGUACAGUUAAACUAAACUGGUCUUAAAUAUGGAUUUUAAACAGUAUUUUGCAAUGACUUGAUAUUUAUUGUCAGCACCGGGGG